UUGGAAUGGGUCACGGCUUUGUUCAACAGUAGGAGGGGAGGGCUGACGGCUACAGUCGCUAAAAGUGUAAAAUACAAUCAGCCGGGCGAACUAUCCUGUCAUAUCUUUGUGUAACUGUGUUGCAACGUAACUUCCAGAUAUUUGUUUCUCCUGGACUCGAAGGAUUUCGUCUAAGGGAUGUCAAAGCGAGUGCGAAGCAGAGAGGUCUGCGCUGAUUGCAGUGCUCCGGAACCUCGCUGGGCCUCUGUUAACAGGGGUGUGUUGAUCUGCGAUGAGUGCUGCAGCAUCCAUCGAGGUCUUGGGAGACACAGCUCUCAAGUCCGACAUCUGACUCAUUCUCCGUGGCCACACUCACAGCUGCAGAUGGUUCAAACACUGUAUGGCAAUGGAGCUAAUUCCAUAUGGGAGCACAGUCUUCUGGAUCCUUCCUCUUCAGUGAGUGGGAAACGCAAAGCCAACCCACAGGACAGAGUGCAUCCUAAUAAGACAGAGUUCAUCAAGGCAAAAUAUCAGAUGCUGGCGUAUGUACAUCGGAUGCCUUGUCGGGAGGAUGACAGUGUGACUGCAAAAGACCUCAGCAAGCAACUUCAUUCCAGUGUCCGUACUGGGAACCUGGAGACCUGCCUUAGACUCUUAUCUUUAGGAGCUCAGGCUAACUUCUUUCAUCCAGAGAAGGGAAACACCCCACUACACAUAGCAGCAAAAGCAGGUCAAAUAUUACAAGCGGAACUAUUGGCAGUUUAUGGAGCUGAUCCUGGAGCGCUGGACUCGAGUGGGAAGACCCCCAUUGAUUAUGCAAGACAAGCUGGGCAUCAGGAGUUGGCAGAGAGACUAGUGGAGAUCCAGUAUGAACUCACUGACCGGCUAACAUUUUACCUUUGUGGACGAAGACCAGAUCACAGAAAUGGGCAACACUUCAUCAUUCCUCAGAUGGCAGACAGCAGCCUGGAUUUGUCAGAGUUUGCAAAAGCUGCAAAGAAGAAGCUGCAGUCGCUAAGCAACCAUCAGUUUGAAGAGCUGGCCAUGGAUGUUUAUGAUGAAGUCGACAGAAGAGAAACGGAUGCAGUGUGGCUGGCCACUCAGAACCACAGCACGCUGGUAACAGACACCACAGUUGUGCCUUUUCUGCCUGUCAAUCCUGAGUACUCAUCUACCAGAAACCAGGGUCGUCAGAAAUUGGCAAGGUUUAGAUCUCACGAAUUUACCACACUGGUCAUCGAUAUUCUAACAGAUGCUAAGCGACGGCAGUGGGGUAAUUCCUGUGAAAGUCCCAAAGAUAAUGUGGAGCUGAUCCUUCAGGGAAUAGACGGUCACCACAACAGUGAGGGCCAGGAUAAUGACCAGCCAGAUUACGACAGUGUGGCAUCAGAUGAAGAUCCGGUCCAAGAGGCAACAUGUGGAGACAGCUGCAAUGAUGGAAGGACCAAGAGCUCAGAGUCUUCUGAUCUGUCUGAUGGACCAAUCACAGUGCAAGAAUUUAUGGAGGUGAAGAGCGCCCUCACUGCAUCAGAAGCCAAAAUACAACAGCUUCUGAAAGUCAACUGUCACCUUAGUGAAGAGCUACGUUUGAUGCAGAGCAAGCUGAAUUCCCUGCAGACUGAAAACACAACACUGCGAUGGCAAACCCCCAGCGGACAGCAACACCCCCAGGGCCUCUUUGGUCGACAGCAACCUCGCGGAGGCCGCGCCAGGUCCAUGUAUGAGACGGGCUCUACUCCAAGGCAGUACCCCCACCGAGUCGACACGGCUCGGCAUGACGAUGGAGUCAUUUUACAACCCUUCCCUACCAAUAUUGGUAGGGGUCCUUUGGGGACGGCUGCUUCCUCCCUUCCUACCUUCCCCUCUUCCCUCUCCUGGUCGUGGGAUGAGAGAUCUCGAAGGGGCUGUAGUCUGGAAGGACAGAGCACAGUGCUGGAGAAUGACUAUGACACUACACCCAAUCACUCUGAAAUGGAGGAGAGUGGCAGCCCUCUUGCUGCCUCUGAAGCAGCCCACCAGGAGGAGGAGGGCGAGGAGGAUGCCACCCUGCCUUGCACAGAGGACGUCAUCUGUAAGACGGAGCAGAUCACUAAGAACAUCCAGGAGCUUCUGAGAGCUGCCCAGGAGACCAAACAUGAAAGCUUUCUGCCUUGCUCUGAAAAAAUCUGCAUGGCUGUGACAGAGAUGGCUGCCCUGUUUCCCAAGAGGCCGUCCUCAGAGACAGUGCGAGGGUCUCUGUGUCUGCUGACUUCAAGCGCUAGCCGGCUCCACGGAGAGUGCCAGAAGGCCGCAGAACACAACCUCAGUCCGUCAGACAUCCAGCUGGUCACUCAGCAGGUCAUUCAGUGCGCCUAUGACAUAGCCAAAGCUGCCAAACAACUUGUUACUGUGACAACCAAAGAAAACAACAACUAAUUAAAGUCCAAAGACACUCCCAAUGCGCCAAACAUACAGCAUAUAAAUGAUAUUAAUCAAUGGUUUCCUUUUUUCCCCCCAUAUUAAUCAGUGUAAGCUUUUGUGUACAUUCCUAGAGGUGGAGAAAAAAAAUAUAACAUGCAAAAUCAUAGCUCAAUCAAAAACUUUAUUUAUUUUGUUGUUUUUAUACCAUGGUAAUGAAAAAGUAUAUAUAUAUAUAUAUAUAUAUAUAUAUAUAUAUAUACAUAUAUAUAUACAUAUACAUAUACACACACAGGGGGGAAAAACUACUUGUUCUUUACCUCACAGAUUGAAUCUAUUCAGUUUCCAGAAGUGCAGUGUUGCCUGUGUAUAUAAAAGCAAUUAGAACAAACAGUUUUGCAUUAUCCGUUUCCUUCUAGAGGACACCAUCAGUCAUUAGCUGUGCUCACUGAGGUCCGCUUUCUGGUACUCAUAGACGAUCAAAAGUCUUACCUAGCAGCAAUGAUCAGAACAGAUGAGCUACUCCAAUCACAAUGUUUGUUUUGUCUUGUUUUUCUUUAAGAGACAGUUACAGUGUUCAUUGUUCUUGAAUCGUUGUGGUGUUGCUUGCUUAAAGUUCAAUUGUUUGUUCAGUAAGCCAACUGUGAUUAUAAAAGCAGCUUCAGUGUAUCGAGCACCGUGUGAGUGUCCAGACUUUCAGUCCAUCCAGCAACUCCAGCAGUUUCAGUCCGUCUGCUGGUUGAAAAAGUGUUUAUAAGUAAAGUAUCAAUAGUUUUUGGGGUUUUUUUCUUUUUUGAGUUAUAAUGUUACAGCCAUACUUAAGAUGUUCUGUGUGUGUGUGCGUGUGUGAGCGUUGGCCUCAGUGGCCUGUGUGAAAUCCAUUUUGAAUCAGUUUUACUAGCGUUAUGCAAAUAUGUAAGAUGUAUGUAUCCAUGUAAUUCUUUAUCAGAAUAAUCCAAAUGCUAUUCUAUUUAUAAACUGUAUGUCAUACCUCUAAGAAAAUAUCAAUGUUUAUUUUCAUAAGCUUUGGUUUAACACGAUGCUCGUCGCAGGCUAACAUUUUUGUUCUGAGGUCUGGGACGUCUCAGCCGGCAGUUAGUUAUAGGAAACGUGUGGUCUGUUUAUUUUAGUGUGGUGUUUUAACUCCAGUAUUUUAGACGCUUCAUGUGGUCGAGUAUGUACCGCCUACGGCUUACAGCCAAUGAUAAUGUAAUUGUACCCUCAGUUCUAGAAUAGUUGUUGUAGAACACGGGUCUAAUGUGACACUCGCUGUGAGCCAGAUGUGUUUGAACCAGGGGUGGAAGGAAAACUGGAAUACGCUGCACGACAAGUGGACGGCAGGGUUGUGCUCUUAUUGCAGGGUCCUUACUGUGCAAUUUAAAGUGUAAUGUAAUUGGUGCUAGAUAAAGGAAAAAAACAAAUUAAUUUAUCACUGCUCAAUUUCCUUAAAGAGGACUACCUGUUAGAAUGUGUUAAGAGAAAAUCUAAAGCGCCUGUUUAACUGUAACCACAGCAGUAUGAACAUGCACAUUCAUUUCUAUCUAAAACUGCUUUCUUAGGUGGCUGGGUGAGGAUUAAAAAGACACUUAGAACUAUCCUUAAAACGUCUUCAGUGCACAUGAGUAUACUGUUCAUUUCUGGUUAGUUGCUUAAGUCUUCUUAGAUGUGUUUUUGACAGAAUAUUAAACUAUUUGUCAAGGUCUGCAUACUGUUUUUUUCUUUAAAAAUAGUUUUCACUUGCAUCACAUGAUCUAGAAGCUUGUUCAUGUCACAGAGAUCAGUUUUUUAAAAAUGUUUUAUUACUGUUUUCUAAGUCUUUUUGGUCUGGUCUUGGUGGUCUGGUGAGAGUGAUUACUUACAUUUAGCUUUAUUCUACCAUUGUACUGCAUCCUUGUUAUUUUCUCCUUAAGGUUGCAAAGCAGGGGUGUCAAACUGUGGGCCACUUAAAGGUCCUAAAGUACACAUUUAAUAAACUUUUCAAUUAUAACAGUGAUGAUGAGCAGUUGGAGAUGGCUCAAGAAACUGGUCUUGCUACUUUUUAGUAGCAGGUAGUUCAGUGUGUUGACAGAUUUUUACACCAGAUCCUGUUCCUGAUGCAACCCCUAAGGGUUUUAGGUCUCUUCCCAGGAUUGAACUUGAGAUCUUUUGGUUAUUAGGUGACUGUGUAAACCUCAACACUCAGAAAAAUAGGUGCAAGUUUAACAGUACGUGUCCGUUUUUCUACAUUAUAAAGAACUGAAACCCAUCAGCAAAACUGCUCUCUGGUCUUAAACUUUAAGAAAUAAAUGCAUAAUUAAAGAAGCACUGACGGCUCAUUAUCCAGACUCAUUUCCAGAAAAUGUGCCAGUUUUAGUAAGGACUGUAAAAAUGGGGAAUGUUAUUCCAUUAAACUGUUAUUUAAUGGGAUACUAAAUAUUUAAAAAAAAUGUUUUCGUAUUACUUGGUGUAGCUUGGCAGGCCACGAAUGAUAUCCGUGUUAGAAAUAAAGCUUUAAAACGUAUAAAAAUACUGUUAAAAGUUUGCAUUUUUCUGCCCUCCUGGACUCAAUUGGACCCUUUGGCGGGCUGUUCUGCCCUCUGUAACCUAUGUUUGACACCUGUGUCUUAAAGGAAGACUAGGUUUUACUGAAUAGCAUGGUCUGGUCUCACCUGGUCUGGUAAUAGAGCAUUAUGUAAAGUAUACAGGUGGUUACAGCAAACCUAAGAAGGCUGUCUUUUAGAAAAUAAAUACCACUGCCAUUCAUCUCUUAAAAACCAGCUAUAGUACCUCUGUGAACAAAAUGUAACGCAAAAAGCAAUUUAAGUAGCAUAUAAAUACUUUUUAGACUGCUAUUUUUAAAAGCACAUAAACUAAAUGACUUUAUAAUGUUAUAAUGCACGUAUUCAGUUACUUCCACCCUGGAGUCAAACCCGUCAUUUAACUCCCUGUAACUUGGAGCCUGCCCUACCUGUGGUUCACAUCAAUCCCUGCCUUAGGUAUAAUAAAGUCAUUCAU